AAAAACUCCAUGAUUGAGAUUCAGAAGAAGGGAGGGCGCCGGCAUUGGCAUUAGCAAUGAAACGCAUGUUGGUCCUUUGAACUUUGAGGUGACCGUAAAGGCAGACGUGGGAUGGGUUGUCCUGCUUGUGGAACAGGACCUCUGUAGGCCCUACUUUACCUGCUGGUGCGAGGCAGCAGGCCGCUUCUGAAGACUUGCGAACUUGGCGCAUUGCUUGAGAGGUACUUUGAGCAGGUCGAGCUUCUUUGUGGAAGGUCUAAUCGUCACGCUUUUUCAGCAUCGCUUCUUUCGGAACCCUAGGUAACCUGUCGCUUACAUUCUGGUACUUGAAUGAUUAUGAUGCCACACAUGGCAGCACAGGUAAAGGAGGACCCGGAGGCUGGCCUUGUGGGAGCAGACGGCGAUGGGGAAUGGAUGGAAGAGCUCCUGCAGUCACAUGGUGCAGAAACUGCUCUAGAAGAGCUUCCCUGCAGCCUGGACUUCAAUCUUUUCGCAGCGCCCUGGGCCACCCCUCUGUCCUCCUCUUUAGAUGAAGCGGCUUUGGCAGACCCGUUCCCGAACCUGGAUGAUUCCUGGGGCUUGCGUUGUGAGGGGCCAGAUCUGGAUGGGAUGCUGCAGGUGCUUGCCGCCAGUCCAAGGGCUGCCUUCGAGAUGCAUGAUGCACGUGGAGACGAGACUGGCGCGUGCAGGAUCGAUGUGCAGGAGUCCCAAGAGAGUAACAAGGUCCAGGAGAGUGGAGAGAGCAGUCAGGCGAACUCCAGCAACUCAGAGGAUAAGGGCAAAGCGGAGUCCUCUGGGGGGAGCCCUGCCUCCAGCUCUGGGGAUGCGCCUUUAAGUAGCGCAGUCAAGCGGCCACUGGGGGUGAAGACAGAGAAAGAGAGUGACAGCGACAGUGAUAACUGCGCAGGAAAUCGGCCUGUCGUGGAGCAAGGGGAUGUCGAAAAGCUACAGGAGAGGCUCAUGCGGAACAGGGAGUCUGCGCAGCUGAGCCGGCAAAGAAAGAAGGCAUACAUGGAAGAGAUGGCCUCCCGUAUCCGCUCCCUCUCCACCACAGUCUCCGAGCUCAACACCACAAUUGCACACCUCAGCGCUGAGAACGCUAGUCUCCGUCACCAGCUAGCGUUCUACCUGCCCCCCGGAACUGCGCCCCCACUCCCCGCAGUCGGUCCCCCCUACAUGGCUCAGACCGUGCCUGGAAUGCGGCCCUUAUAUCCAGCGCCGGGGCCGAUAGCUUAUGGCGGCUACCCUGGGGUUAUGAGGCCGGGGUAUGCGCCGCCUGUGCCUAUUCCGCGACUGUCUGUGCAGAGUGCCGCAUCUGCCAAGAAGGCGACCACUAAGCGCGGCACGUCGGCCAAGAGCAAAGCCAAGGACGCCCCCGACGGUACCAAGCAGCCAGCUUCGAAGCGCAUGAAGCUGCCCGGAAAGGCUGCCGCCGGUAUAAGCGCGAUGGCGCUCUUCUGUUUUGCCAUGGUCAUCGCCCCCGCCAGCUGGCACACCUCCGAGUUGACAACUGGCACGGCUGUGCAGCCCGCAGGGUUUGAGGGUUUUGGCGUGCCGGGAUUGAAGGCUGGAGGACGGGUUUUGAUGAGCCUGCCAGAGGGGAACGGAAGUGUUGGAGCGGGGGGGGCAGGUAAGGGCCAUGGCAGGGGGGGUUCGGAGGUGGCGCACGGGAUGGCAAUGAACGGAACUACAGGGGAGGGAGUUGGAAGCACGCUCGUCAACUCGAGCCUGGUUUGGCAGCAGCUGGUGAACGCAAGCAGCCCGUUCUCUGUGCCGCCCCGGGGGAACGAUGCGCCCGGUUCGCAGCCCUGGGUGCUUAGCAGAGACAGGUCGGGGAAAGUCGAGGGCGACCGUUCGCAAGUUUCGGGGGUAGUUUCGGGGAUUGUGCCAGAACGUGGGGACUGGAUCCGAAACGCAGUAGUCGUCGAGGCGCGGCGCGCGGCAGGGCGGAUCGUGGCUGACGUGGCCCUCCGAAAGAGCGCCACGUCGCUGAUGACGUCACAGGAGCACGAGCGGCUGAAGGGGAUCGCGACGCUCGCGCUUGCGGGGCGUGCCGAAACGACCCGCCACGCGGCUCUGCCGGCCGCUGGGGCAGCUCUUGCAGACGAGGGUUCAGGCUUCGACCGGUAUCCUGAGCGGCAGACGAGCAACAUGUGGUCGUUCAGCGGGGCCCCGUUUCUUAGCUCGGCAAUGUGUACGGAGCUGUUUCAGUUUGCGGACCCGGCCGUCGUAAACGGGGGCUCGGGUCGGGAAGCACGCGCAGCUGCGGAGGAGGCCGCGCUAGCGGUCGCUCGGGAGCAGUCGUUGGAAGGAGCGGAGGCGAAAGAGGGGGUGCAGAAACAGAAUCAGACGGCGAGUCUACGGGGAAUGGGUCGGAAGUGGAAGCCCAAGAACCCGGAUGCGGUCCCCAUGCCGCCGGUCAACGGCACCCGCAGCCAGUUUGAUGCGAAGGCCGAGUUCGAGGACGAGAAGCAGCCGGAGCGUUGCGAGGAAGGUGCCUUUGGCUGCAAGAACGCGUCGAGCAGCGUAGUCGUGUCUGUGAUGGUUCCUCAGGUAGGGUGGGAGAGGUCGACGUUUGAGCCCAAGAAGGGCGCGUCCACGAGCAAGGGCCUAGGACAGAUCUUUGUUGUUGUGCUGAUUAACAGUGCGAAAUACGUGACCUACUCGUGUUCGGUUCCCUCUGUAGCAUAGAGAGUGUUAAACUACAUCAGUUGAUGUUUGUUCGUAGGACAACAAGAAAUUUGAGAUGAACUUAUGUACUUUAUGAGAGGACUACGGUUGGUUUGUUUCUGGACUGUCGGAGAGGUUAA